AUGUCUUACGGUGGAGGCGGCCGCGAUGGUGGCUACGGUGGAUAUUCUGGAGGUCGCUCCAACGGCUAUGGCGGCGGCGCUAAUGGCUACUCAAACGGAAAUGGAUACGGAGGCUCGAACGGCUACAGCAGCGGUGCCCAGGGCGGUGGCUUCGGAGGCGGCGAUCGAAUGUCUAACCUCGGUGCUGGCCUGAAGGAGCAGACCUGGGAUCUUGCCACCAUGCCGAAGUUCGAGAAGUCGUUCUACAAGGAAGACCCUGCCGUUACGAACCGCUCUUCUCGCGAUGUUGAUGCCUUCAGAAAGGAGAAAGAGAUGACCGUACAAGGGCGCGGUAUCCCUCGCCCCGUUGAGAACUUCGACGAGGCUGGUUUCCCUACCUAUGUCAUAUCGGAGGUCAAGCAACAGGGCUUCUCCAAGCCGACUGCGAUUCAAUCUCAGGGUUGGCCCAUGGCUCUGUCUGGUCGUGACGUUGUUGGGAUCGCCGAAACUGGCUCCGGCAAAACUCUGACGUACUGCCUGCCCGCUAUCGUCCACAUCAACGCCCAACCCCUUCUGGCCCCCGGCGAUGGUCCCAUCGUGCUGGUUCUGGCGCCCACUCGAGAACUUGCGGUGCAAAUCCAGCAGGAGGUCACUAAAUUCGGCAAGUCGUCCCGCAUUCGCAAUACCUGCGUUUAUGGCGGUGUUCCCAAGGGUGGUCAGAUUCGCGAUCUGGCUCGUGGCGUUGAAGUCUGCAUUGCUACACCCGGCCGUCUCAUUGAUAUGCUUGAGGCAGGCAAGACGAAUCUGCGCCGUGUAACUUAUUUGGUUCUCGACGAGGCCGAUCGUAUGCUCGACAUGGGUUUCGAACCUCAGAUUCGAAAGAUCAUCGGUCAGAUUCGCCCCGACCGUCAGACCCUCAUGUGGUCUGCGACCUGGCCAAAAGAUGUUCGACAGCUUGCUUCCGACUAUCUUAACGAUUACAUUCAGGUCAACAUUGGUUCCAUGGACCUUUCCGCCAACCACCGCAUCACUCAGAUUGUUGAAGUGGUUUCCGAGUUCGAGAAGCGUGACCGCAUGACUAAGCACAUGGAAGCCGUCAUGGAGGACCGCGAGAACAAGAUCCUCAUCUUCACCGGCACCAAGCGUGUAGCUGACGAGAUCACCCGCUUUCUGCGCCAGGACGGCUGGCCUGCUCUUUCUAUUCACGGCGACAAGCAGCAGCAAGAGCGCGACUGGGUCUUGAACGAAUUCAAGACCGGCAAGAGCCCCAUCAUGGUUGCUACCGACGUGGCCUCCCGUGGCAUUGAUGUUCGAGAUAUCACUCACGUCCUGAACUACGACUAUCCCAAUAACUCGGAGGACUAUGUUCACCGUAUUGGACGAACAGGCCGUGCUGGUCGCAAGGGAACUGCCAUUACCCUUUUCACUACUGACAAUGCCAAGCAGGCUCGCGACCUUGUGAGCGUCUUGACCGAAUCCAAGCAGCAGAUCGACCCUCGCCUUGCUGAGAUGGCCCGCUACGGUGGAGGUGGUGGCGGUGGACGUGGAUUCCGCGGCGGCCGUGGCGGUGGACGUGGCGGUGGUAGCUACACUGGUAGCAAUGCUGGACCUCUUGGUCGCAGCCGGUGGUGA